GGGAGGAGGGAAGACCGGAAGCCACGGUCUCGUCCCAUCCUUAAGAUUCACUCCCCGGGGCUGGGAGCGGAGACGGAGGAGCGAGGACAGGCUGAAUGUUGGCUCCUUAGUACCAGGGAGCGGCCGCUCGGGAGCCUCCUCCCCGGGCGCUCUCCGUACGCACUCGGCUCCUGCGCGCGCCGCCCCGGAGGACGACCCGGCCGCGCAGACCUCGUUGAGGACGCACUGCCCGCGGCGGGGACUGACCGGCGGUCCGAGGCCCGCACCACGCAGCCACCCCCACCCGCCUGCCCGCCUGUCCCUCCGGCCGCCGCCAUGUCCUCCUCCUCAUCCUCCCCCAGGGAGACGUACGAGGAGGAUCGGGAGUAUGAGAGCCAGGCCAAGCGCCUCAAGACCGAGGAGGGGGAGAUCGACUACUCGGCCGAGGAAGGCGAAAACCGCCGGGAAGCGACGCCCCGGGGCGGGGGCGAUGGCGGCGGCGGCGGCGGCCGGAGCUUCUCACAGCCGGAGGCAGGUGGAAGUCAUCAUAAAGUUUCUGUUUCACCUGUUGUCCAUGUUCGAGGACUCUGUGAAUCUGUGGUGGAAGCAGACCUUGUAGAGGCUCUGGAAAAAUUUGGGACAAUAUGCUAUGUGAUGAUGAUGCCAUUUAAACGACAGGCUCUAGUGGAAUUUGAGAACAUAGAUAGUGCCAAAGAAUGUGUGACGUUUGCUGCGGAUGAACCUGUGUACAUUGCUGGUCAACAGGCUUUUUUCAACUAUUCUACAAGCAAAAGGAUCACUCGGCCAGGAAAUACUGAUGAUCCAUCAGGAGGCAACAAAGUUCUUCUAUUAUCAAUCCAGAAUCCCCUUUAUCCAAUUACAGUGGAUGUUUUAUAUACUGUAUGCAACCCUGUUGGAAAAGUGCAACGUAUUGUUAUAUUCAAGAGAAAUGGGAUACAAGCAAUGGUUGAGUUUGAAUCCGUCCUUUGUGCCCAGAAAGCUAAAGCAGCACUCAAUGGAGCUGAUAUAUAUGCUGGAUGUUGCACACUAAAAAUCGAAUAUGCAAGGCCAACUCGUCUAAAUGUUAUUAGGAAUGACAAUGACAGUUGGGACUACACUAAACCAUAUUUGGGAAGACGAGAUAGAGGAAAGGGUCGCCAGAGACAAGCCAUUUUGGGAGAACACCCUUCUUCGUUUAGACAUGAUGGCUAUGGAUCGCACGGUCCGUUAUUGCCUUUACCAAGUCGUUACAGAAUGGGCUCUCGAGAUACACCUGAGCUUGUUGCGUAUCCAUUACCACAGGCUUCUUCCUCCUACAUGCAUGGAGGAAAUCCCUCUGGUUCCGUUGUAAUGGUUAGUGGAUUACAUCCACUAAAAAUGAAUUGUUCAAGAGUCUUCAACCUAUUUUGCUUAUAUGGAAAUAUUGAAAAGGUAAAAUUUAUGAAGACCAUUCCUGGUACAGCGCUGGUAGAAAUGGGUGAUGAAUAUGCUGUAGAAAGAGCAGUCACACACCUUAACAAUGUCAAAUUAUUUGGGAAAAGACUUAAUGUUUGUGUGUCUAAACAACAUUCAGUUGUUCCAAGUCAAAUCUUUGAGCUGGAGGAUGGUACAAGUAGCUACAAGGAUUUUGCCAUGAGCAAAAAUAAUCGCUUUACCAGUGCUGGCCAAGCAUCUAAGAACAUAAUCCAGCCCCCCUCGUGUGUGCUGCAUUAUUACAACGUUCCGCUGUGCGUCACAGAAGAGACCUUCACAAAGUUGUGUAAUGACCAUGAAGUUCUUACAUUCAUCAAAUAUAAAGUGUUUGAUGCGAAACCUUCUGCCAAAACGCUUUCUGGGCUGCUAGAAUGGGAAUGCAAAACUGAUGCAGUAGAAGCCCUUACAGCACUUAAUCACUACCAGAUAAGAGUUCCAAAUGGUUCCAACCCCUACACCUUGAAGCUUUGCUUUUCUACAUCAUCCCAUUUAUAAGAAGAGAACAGCAUGUUAGAAUUUAUGUUCGCCUUUAUUACAAUUUUAAAGCUAUACUUCAUUUAAAAAAUCUUAAAUGGUUGAUCUAAUGUUGCCUUGCUUACUUUGACUUAAGAUCCUGUUCUGUAAUAAACAAAUAUUUUGCCUUGAGUAAAUUUGUUGUAAACUUACAUAUUGAAUUGUUUUCAUUUUAAAAUAGAAUGUCAUAAUGUAGACUAUCUACAGCUUCCUUGUAGAUCACUCAAAUAUAUCAUUUCUAAUCUUAUUUUUCUUCUUCCACAGUGAAAAUAUAUUUGCAUUCUUAAUGCUAAUUAUCUGCAAGUAUUUUUCCAUUGUGUGUGAGAUUAAUGCAGGUGAAAGUAUUGCAUUUUAAUAUUAUAGAAUUCCUAUUAUAUGUUUAGAUGUUUAAGUAUGUUGCAGUUAUUCAUAAUAAACAUAACUUGUAUUUAUUAAGUAUUUUAAUCAAGUUUGAGAAUAACAUUACACUUAAAAUAAAUUUUAAGUACUACAGAUUAAGCUGAUUUUAUAUUUCUGAAAGACUACCAGACAUGGAUACACUUGUACAGUAUGCACUCAAACUUAUUUAAAUUGGUGUAUUUUUUUUAAGUCAUUGUCCAUUUGUAUUGACAUGCCUCUGUUUCUAGUUCCAGUUUGGAAAUUUUAUAAAAUUACAACAAUGACUUAAUGUGUUCAUCUUUAUUGGUUGCAUGUGACUUGAUCUUGAAAACAUGUCUAGUAUUUGGCAUUGAGAUUUUAAUAGACAUUAUGAUUAACAAUUUCUCUUCUAGAUAAUCUGAGAUCCAUGGAUGGGCUUUAGGGAGUCUGUGAACCCCCUAAAAUUGUAUGUAGAAUUUUGGGUACUUGCAUUUUUAUUUUUUACUCUUGAAUCCAUCAGUAAUAUAUGUAUUUUUCUAUAUGGUGCAAGGUAUAAGGAUCUAAUUUUAUUUUUAUUCCAAACAGAUAGCUAUUUGUUUCAACACCAUUUAUUAAACAUUCUUUCUCCCAGUGGAUCUGUUUUUUUUCUUUUAUUUGGAAAAUAAUAUAUCUCAUAC